CUCCCAUCAGCCAAGCCCAGCUGUGCGUGGCUGGUCCAGGCGCCGCCGGGUUUUCAGCAGUGUGUUUGGGACGUGGUGGUGAUGGCGGCGCUGGCCGCCACAGAACAUGGCCGGGUGCGGCUGCGCGGGAUGACGCGCGCCGCAGCGGCCCUGGGAAUUCAGACGGCGGCGGCAGCAGCUCCCGAGGCUGCGGUGGCAGGUGCAGCGGAGGCGGAACCCGAUUUUGACGAGAUCCCGCCCACACAGCUGACGCCGCCGCAGCCAGGCGUCAACCCCGUCGAGCUUGCGUGCGCUCGCGCAGUCGCGGACUUCUGGUCGCGGCUGAUGCAGUUCGCGCAGCUCGGCGUGCCCCAAAAGGGUUGGGAUGGUGUUGACGCCACUCACCCCAUCCUGGCGGUGGUGAACGGUGAAAUGCUGUGCGCGAUGCCGCAAGCUAUGGAGCUGGAGGCUUGAAAGGUUAGGAGAAGCGCGUGAGCACUAACAUGAGCCACUGAAGCUCCCGCUCUGGUCUACGUACGCAUUAGUUCCGCAACACUCGUCAAUAAGCAGUGGCAUACGAGAGGGUCAGCGGGGGAGCUUAGUGGGCAGGCGAAGGGUUUUUUGUUUUACGCCCGUGGGAGCAGGGCCAGGUUUGCGGGGUUUUAUGCCUGAGAGGGUGUUUAGGGUGCUGGAACACCCCGGGCCUUACGGCCUGGACCGGCCUAGUGGCCAGACGCGUUUGUGGCUGCCCUUAGGCAUAGUCUGCCCUGGAGUCGAGAGCUGGUUAGGUUGCGGUUGAGGUCGUGCAGGCUGCGGGGUCGUAGGACUCAGCCCCGCAGCCACUGUGGUCGUGCUGUCGCGUGCUGUCGCGUGCUGUCGCGUGCUGCGUGUUUCGUUAUGUUUGCUGUUUUUGUCUUCUGCCCGCCUGGUCUUUAAGAGGUAGCUCG